AUGGAGAAAGGAAUAACCCCAACCUCUCAAUCUGCCCAACCCAAGGAUGAUGGUGAGUACAAUAAGUCGGAGGAAUUGGGAACAAAGAGAAGAAAAAUAAUCAAGGAUGAUGAGCACAACUUGGAAUUGGUGGCGGCGGCGGAGGAGGAGGACCGAAUCAGUAAGUUGCCACAAGAAGUUGUUGUUCGUAUAGUGUCACUAUUGACCCUAAAGGAAGCAGCAGCGACUAGUAUCCUUUCUAGGCGAUGGCGGUAUGUCUGGGCAUCUACUACGACUCUCAAUUUAGAUGCUGUUAACUUUGAGGACCGACCGUAA